CAUUCAUUCGAGCGUCCUCCAGCUGGGAAUGAGGCCGCUUGUUGGAGGUUGUGCUUUUGUUUUCUUCCUCUCGCUCAGCCAUUGUCGGGAUCCGCAUCAGAGGAACAAGAGGUUUACAAGGCUAGUAUAACCAAAUAAGCCAGAGGCGCGUGGAUCGAGGCUGCUGCGGCGUACCGUGCUGCUUGGGAUGGAGGUUUGUCCAAUGUGCUCGAAAAGGCUCAAGCGCGCGCCAACAGCUCGGACCACCCUGACUAAGAAUUCCGCAGUACAAUUAAGUUACAAAGAACAACCUCGAGCAUUCGUCCAUGGAUUAUUUGCUUGUUGCGGCAGUCCUGGCAACACUUUUGAACGCAGCAACCUAUAUUGUCGUGAUCUAAGUUGCGAUUCUGCCUUUUCAUCAUGGCGUCAUUCAAUAAUCCAACGCAGAUUUUUGCCGAAGAUGUUACGGAGGAGAAAGGCGAAAAUGCUCGUUUGUCCGCAUUUGUGGGUGCGAUCGCGGUGGGCGAUCUUGUGAAGAGUACUCUGGGGCCAAAGGGAAUGGAUAAAAUUCUGCAAUCAGCUUCGACUGGCGAGAUCAUGGUUACAAACGACGGGGCUACAAUCCUCAAAGCUAUAGCUCUCGACAAUGCUGCUGCGAAGGUGCUGGUUAAUAUUUCAAAAGUGCAGGAUGAUGAAGUUGGAGAUGGAACCACUUCUGUCACCGUGCUCGCUGCGGAGCUUCUAAGGGAGGCGGAAAAGCUCGUGGAACGGAGAAUACACCCUCAGACAAUCAUCGAAGGGUACAGGAUUGCGAGUCGUGCGGCACUCGAAGCCCUAGAGAAAACAGCUGUGGACAACAGUAAAGACCCUGUUGCUUUCCGAAAGGACUUGUACGCCAUUGCUCGCACAACCCUCAGCUCGAAAGUUCUUAGUCAAGACCGGGAUCAGUUCGCAAGUUUAGCCUGCGAUGCAGUCCUCAGGCUCAAGGGGUCUACCGAUCUAAGUCAUAUACAAAUUAUCAAGAAGGCUGGUGGCAAGCUGAGCGACUCGUACCUCGACGAGGGAUUCAUUUUGGACAAAAAGAUUGGUGUGAACCAACCUAAGAGACUUGAAAAUGCGAAAAUCUUGGUCGCCAAUACCGCUAUGGACACUGAUAAAAUCAAAAUUUUUGGUGCCCGGGUCAAGGUGGACUCAACAGGGAAAUUGGCAGAAUUGGAGAAGGCAGAACGCGAGAAGAUGCGGGCGAAGGUAGAGAAGAUUAAAUCCCAUGGAAUCAACUGCUUCGUGAACCGUCAACUCAUAUACAACUGGCCCGAGCAACUUUUUACCGAUGCUGGCAUUGUUUCUAUUGAGCACGCCGAUUUUGAUGGCAUUGAGCGUCUCGCGCUAGUGACGGGAGGGGAGAUCACAUCAACAUUUGACCAUCCAGAGCAGGUGAAGCUGGGCCGGUGCGAUGUUAUCGAGGAAGUUAUCAUCGGCGAGGAUACCUUGAUUAAAUUCUCCGGUGUUGCGGACGGCCAAGCCUGUACUAUCGUCCUCCGAGGAGCUACGGAGCAGUUACUUGAUGAAGCUGAACGGUCUCUACACGAUGCUCUUGCCGUACUUUCUCAGACAGUUCGUGAACCAAAGGUGACUCUAGGUGGCGGAUCUGCUGAGAUGGUGAUGGCAAAGGCAGUCGAACAAACUGCGCAAAACACUACUGGGAAAAAGCAAAUUGCUGUCGAUGCGUUCGCCCAAGCUCUCAAACAACUCCCAACCAUCCUUGCAAGCAAUGCUGGCCUGGAUUCGAGCGACCUUAUCACGAGGUUGAGGCAAGCCAUCAAUAAUGGUAUGACAAGCUCAGGCUUGGAUCUUUUGACCCCUGGCGGUGGAAUUGCAGACAUGCGGGAAUUAGGUGUGGUGGAGAGCUACAAAUUGAAACGAGCAGUUGUGUCGUCAGCAUCUGAGGCUGCAGAGCUGUUGCUCCGGGUAGACAACAUCAUCCGUAGUGCUCCACGAAAGCGAGAACGCAUGUAAAUGGCGAAAUGUUUAAGACCCUGUCCCCAGUUAGAAGCGAAACGAGAAGGCCUGGCCACCAUCAUUUCCAACCUAACAAAAAAAAAAAAAGAAAACCAUCAAAAAGCAUGUCCCGUUACUCCCUUAAAUAGAGAAAUAGUUAAUAUGAUGAACCUCGACCCUGAGACAAUUGGAGAGCUACCUCAUAAUUAUGGUAGCUAGAGAAAUAAUGCCUGUGAACACCCGUGCGCGGCGUACCCAUAUCUGGAAAUUGGCAUUGGAUGGUACUUAACGGCUGAUUCAGGUCGCAACACAAUAUCAGUUUACAAACUGGUCUAUUCAACAACAUGAGUUCAUAUAUACUGCUGCCAGUAGAUACUGACGCCGUCUGACGGAACGCUACCUUAUAAUGGGAUUACGGGUAUAUAUAUAUAUAUGUUGGAUUGUUCAAUUUUGCUACGCCUGUACUCUGCCUAACUCAAUAUUAUCCACACCAUGGUGGUAGAUUCCAACGAUGGUGUCCCAACUCCCGCCUAGUUUUCAACAUAUAGGAAAUUGAGCUCCUUUUUAGCCUUGCGCUUGCCUCGAAAUAUGGUCUGAGCUGCCCAAUUAAAUGUGAAACAUCUCAAGCGCUAAACUCAGCUGCAGCUUGAGAUACAGAAUUGCCCAAUAUAUUUCGUAGAAGAGUUGCAUAACAUCCCUAUAACUCCAAAGAAU